AUGCAGCAUGGGCGCGCCUUCACGUGCUGGAUUCUCCGGGUUGCGUCCUGGUCUCGAGCCAUUUUGGCCUGGACCUGUUCACCCGAGCGGGCGCGGCCCGGACGCUGCAGCGUCAGCUCGCAGAAGGCUCUGCGGCGGCAGGCCAGAGUGGCCAAGUCUGAGGAGGACGCGGAGGACAUUUCCGGCAUCAACUUCUGGAAAGGCAUCACGCUCUUCAAUGCCGUGUGCUGGGGAUCCUCCUUCAUCUCCACGAAGGCCGGCAUCGACGCCCUGAGCUCCGCCGGAGUCGAAGAUGCCCCGGUGGUCUUCGGAGCGCUCCGCUUCGUUCUGGCGGCGCUGCCCCUCCUCCCGUGGCUAUUGAAGUCCAGCUCUGCAGAGAGCGCGCGGACCAGUGCGCUGGUGGGAAGCUUUGGUGCCGUGGCUUACGCAGCCAUCUUUGUGUCCUUCUCAUACGGGACAACGGGGGCAAAAGCCGCCUUCAUCACGGCGCUGCAGACCACGGUGGUGGCUUCUCUGAGCUCCAUCGCGGCCAAGCGGCUCAACUUAGGCACCUUCUGCUCGGCGGCCCUUGCCGUGGCCGGCGUCGGAGUCCUCGAGUUCUCCUCGGGGCCCGUUGAGGCGACGGUGGGCGACCUGAUGUGCAUGGCGGCCCCCAUCCUCAUCGGGCUCAGCUGGCAUGUCCUCGGGGACUGCAUGAAGAAGUUCCCGAAAGACUCCACGCCCACGGUCGCCAUCCAGCUGAUUUGCUUCGCCGCCCUCUUUGCGGUGUGGUCUUUAGGGGAGCUACUUCUACGCCACGGGCCGACUGGCCUGGUCCAGGGCGUCGCCCACUUCCCUGAGCUCUUGCAGACCCCAGGCCUUCUGCCGGCGCUGCUGUUUUCCGCCUUCUUCGGCAACACCGUGACCAUGCUGCUUUGCAAUGAGGCGAUGAAGCGCCUCAAGGCAUCUGAUGUUUCCCUCAUCGUCGCCUCCGAGCCGCUCUGGGCGGCCUUAGCCGGGGCCGCCUUCUUGGGUGAGAUCUUCACCGCUUCUGACGUGGCUGGCGGGGUUCUUGUCCUGGCUGGCAUCCUUUGCAACGAGCUUUGGAAGGCUCCCGAGCCGAAGACUGCGGCCAAAAGCGAGGUGAAGCUGGUCGCCCUGAACGCGGCCACCGCGACCUCGCCGUAG